GUUUAAAUCCAUGCACCGCCACGCCACCCGGCAAUUGACAACACACACCGCUGCUCAAAGCAAGUCUGCUGAUGAUGACUUGCAGCGAACGCCGAGGAAGCUGCCGAGGCUCGAGUGGACCUUGUCACUGAAUGUGACAGGAAUGCGCCAAUGCCUCCAUCACGAUGCUAUCAUCAACAUCACUACCGAAAGCGCCUGGUUCGGCCUAGCUGCGAACAGGGUAGCGUGCUAGACUAUUUCACAGACGCACACUCCAUACGACAUGACAUACAUAGAUCGCCUGUUGAGGCUCAACUAGGAUAUGCUGAUGUCUUUCGUGAACAAACACACUCGAGACCGAGCUGGAGAGACUCGCCCCUCGCGUGGAAUUGGAGCGGCAGAACAACAGUUGUCCUUUGUCGAUCGUCACGUCCAUCUUCACUCGACUCUAUAAAAGUAACUUUCAACAGGACAGAAUGUUCAUCCAGCUUGGUCUUCAUCGGCUCUCUUCAAAUCAGCGUCCUUUGUGACGCAAGAGAGGUAAAAGCGUGUAACGCUCUGAGAAGGAGAUGCUUUGGUUAUGGUAUUCAGUGCCGACGACGCGCUCUCCAGCGCUGCACUCAGACGACAUUUCGCUUGCUGCCAUCAUAAUGCGAAGCACGCUUUGCAAUGCACUGGAGCAGAAUCUGGGGGAGACAGGUUUACAGUAGACACGCGCAUAUCUUCGUAUGCUUGUCUUCGAAUGGAUGGAUUGCACACGCGCAAGGGAAAGGGAUACAUGCUCCGCUCGCACCGUGCUGCCGCCAUUCCGUUCGACAGACAGCCGCAUGCGAAAGCGAAAAGAUGAUCAAUUUUGGACCUCUACAGUGGCGAGCAA